CUAAAUUGAUUUUGAGUCCACCUCUAAUACCAACCGCGUGCAGCUUUCAACCGGGAUCGAAUCCAAUACAUUUUGGGCAGUAAACAGAGGGAAUGCAGCGCCAGAAACCCAAGGGACCGGGAAGACCGGGUCCGCGAUUCAAACCGGGAUCCGGCAAAGGCAAGGGAGCAAAUGGCGCCCGGGGAAGCGGUGACAACAAGCAGAAGCGUCCACGCCAGGAGUUUAACAAGUCCCGACUGGCCGCCACCGAUGCAGAGAUUAAAGAACUGCAGAGCAAAUACGCGGAAAUAGACGCGCCUGCCAUUAAGAAGUUUGGACAGUUUCCGCUGUCCAAAAAGACCCAAAAGGCGCUGGCGGAGUCCAAGUUCGUGCAUCCCACGCAGGUGCAGCGGGAGAGCAUUGGACCUGCGCUGCUGGGCAAGGAUGUGCUGGGCGCGGCUGUCACAGGAAGUGGCAAGACUCUGGCCUUCCUCAUACCCGUUCUAGAGCACCUGUUUAUGAACAAAUGGUCGCGCACCGAUGGCGUUGGCGCCAUCAUUAUCUCGCCCACCCGCGAGCUGGCCUACCAAAUUUUUGAGACCCUGAAGAAAGUUGGCAAGCACCAUGACUUUUCCGCUGGUCUCAUCAUCGGCGGGAAGAACCUAAAGUUCGAGCGGACUCGCAUGGACCAGUGCAACAUCCUCAUCUGCACACCGGGCCGCCUGCUGCAGCACAUGGACGAGAAUCCGCUCUUUAAUACGAGCACAAUGGAGGUGUUGGUCCUGGACGAAGCCGAUCGUUGUUUGGAUAUGGGUUUCCAAAAGGCACUUAACUCUAUUAUUGAAAAUUUUCCACCGGUGCGUCAAACGCUACUUUUCUCGGCCACGCAAACGAACACGGUGCAGGAUUUGGCAAGGCUUAAUCUGAAGGAUCCAGUCUAUGUGGGCUACGGAAAAGCAAAGUCAGGCGAAGAAACCUCUAGCUCCAUGAAGGGUCCGAGCACCGCUGUCUUAGCCCUCCCCGAGCUUCUGCAGCAGAGCUAUGUGGUGCUGAAUCUCGAGGACAAGAUCACCAUGCUGUGGUCGUUCAUUAAGAACCAUUUAAAGCAAAAGAUCAUAGUGUUUGUGUCCAGUUGCAAGCAAGCCAAGUAUCUGUACGAGAUUUUCUGCAAACUGCGUCCGGGUAGUCCACUGCUGGCUCUUUAUGGAACCCUCCAUCAGGAUCGUCGCAUUGCCAUCUAUGAGGAUUUCCUGCGCAAAAGUCACGUGGUAAUGUUCUCCACCGAUGUGGCCUCACGCGGUCUGGAUUUUCCCGCCGUCAACUGGGUGGUGCAGUUGGACUGCCCGGAGGAUGUCUCACAGUAUAUUCAUCGAGCGGGUCGCUCUGCGCGGAAUAAGACACGCGGCGAGUGUCUUCUGGUACUGACCCCCAGUGAGGAGGAGUAUAUGAUUAGUGCACUCAAGGAGCAGCUGAAUGUUAAUAUCCGCUGUGUACAAAUCGAUCCAAAGAAACUCUUCUCGCCGCGCGUCAAGAUCGAGGCCUUUCUGGCCCAAUUUCCCGAACUGAGAGCCACCGCCCAGCGUGCCUUUCUCUCCUACAUAAAAUCCGUUUUCCUAAUGCGCAACAAACGUUUGUUUAAUGUCUUUAGCAUGGAUUUAGAUGCAUUUGCGCAGUCGCUGGGUCUGGCUGUUACGCCGCGCGUUCCUUUCUUGGAAAAGUUCCUAUGGCGGCAGAAACAGAUGCAGCAGCAGAAGGAACAGGGUGAUGUCCCACCAGUAACCAAUCCAGUUCUCACCAAGAUGACCAAACAACAGAGCUUUGGCGGCGCUAACGAAGACGAAGAUGACAGUGAUGACGAAGACUUUAUCAAAGUGAAACGUAAGGAUCACGAUGUCGAAGGAGAACCAGUAGUACUGGACGAGGCCGAGGGCAACGAGGACGAGCCAGAGGGCCCCCUGGUGGUGCCCAAGCGGGAGAAGCUGGUCACCAAGGCCUCGCUGGCUAAGAAGGCCCUGAAGAAGAAUCUGCAGGUUAACUCCAAGCUCAAGUUCGAUGAGGAGGGCGAAACGGUGGCGGAUGAUCGCAGUCAAAUGAAGGCGCUAAGUGCCAGGCAGCGAACAGAAAACGAAGACGACGACGACGGAGGAAUCAAUCUGGUGCUGUCCAAGGCACUGCUGACUGAGGAGGAUCAGUACGAUAAACAGCGAUUCCGGGAGCUGGUCAAGAAACGUCACAAACUGCAGAGGGAGAAGCUGCGCAAAAAGACGGAGGAAGCCAAGGGAAGCGACGAGGAGGUGGAGGACCAAGAUGCUGAUGAUGCCGAAAGUGCUGACGGCGAUAGUGAUCACUCAGUGGACCUCUCCUGGCUGCCAGAUCCCGACAAGAUCUACAGCAAUAAGGCUAAUGCUUCAGAUCGGGAUGCGGUUGUGAAAUCUUUAUCUGAAUCAGAAAAAGGCGAUGCAACCGACAAUGACGAAGACGACGACGUCGAAGACAGCUCCGAUGAGGAGCCCGUCUACAAGAAGUCCAAGCUAACGAAUAAGAUGACUUUAAUGGACACGGAGGCCAUUGCGGCCAGUCUUUUGGGUAGCUAAGUUAGGGCUCGACUGUGUGAAUAAAUUAAUGCCAAUUAUUUCCUAAAUAAUAAUUUGUAAUUUAAUAGACGUUUUGGUUUAUUGAUACUAAUUUAAUGAUUUUAUAAAGAAUUGUACAAAUCUACAGCAAUUCAUUUGUUAUAAUUUCUAACA